AUUUGUCUUUAGUUUCCAUUUUCUACUAGAUCGAUCAUGUAUGAUUGCUAACUUGAGAAGUAAAUUUUCCUCACUUCUACAUCUUCGAUCUCCAUCUCUAACUCCAUUCCCAUCACAAUAUUAUUGUAGGUUUUUUACGGAUGGCUCUUGGGAUUGUGGCCGGACUUGCGGGGAUAAUCACUGUAUUAAAGAUUAUAAUUGGAGUUCCAUACGCAAUUGUGUUUCUAAUUAUCAAAUUCCGCAGAAGGCAUUUAUCAGUGUUCCAUGCAAUCGAGAAUUUCCUCAGCGCUGAGAAUAAUCUGUUGCCCAUCAGCUACUCUUACACACACAUCAAGAAUAUGACCAAGGCCUUCAAGGAGAAGCUGGGAGAAGGGGGCUAUGGUUCUGUUUACAAAGCCAAACUUCGAAGCGGCCGCGAUGUUGCAGUGAAGAUAAUAAGCAAGCCCAAGUCUAACGGCCAAGAUUUCAUCAAUGAAGUUGCUUCCAUGGGAAGGAUUCAUCAUGUCAACAUUGUUCGACUCAUUGGAUAUUGUGCACAGAAUUCUAAGCGUGCUCUUGUUUACGAUUUCAUGUGUAAUGGAUCCCUUGACAAGUACAUUAAUCAGGGACCUGAUGCAAGUUUGUUGAAUUGGAAAAGAAAGUUUGAGAUUGCUGUGGGUGUAGCUCGUGGGAUUGAUUACUUGCACCGAGGCUGUGACAUUCAAAUUCUACAUUUUGACAUCAAACCCCACAAUAUACUUCUAGAUGAGAAUUUCAUUCCAAAAAUCUCUGAUUUUGGUCUCGCGAAACUAUUUCCUACCAAUAAAACCAUUGUAAUGCUUACGGCUGCCCGUGGAACAAUUGGGUAUGUGGCGCCAGAGUUGAUCAACAGAAGCAUUGGAGCCAUUUCACACAAGGCCGAUGUUUAUAGCUUCGGAAUGCUUUUGAUGGAAAUGCUAGGCCUAAGGAAAAUCCCAAUUACCGGACAAGAUGAGUCGAGUCAAUACUUCCCGUCUUGGAUUUACAAUGAUAUCAACAAGGGCAAGGCAAUUGAGAUGGGAGAAUUAGAUGAGGAUGAGAAGAGAAUUACAAAGAAGAUGACCAUAGUUGGGCUUUGGUGCAUCCAAACCAGUCCAAUUCCGAGGCCUUCAAUGAGUAGAGUGGUUGAAAUGCUUGAAGGAGAUGUUGAGCUGCUGCAAAUGCCAACUGAUACCUUCCUUUCGGAGCCAAUUAUGGAAGUGGAUCAAGAACAGACUUCCAUGCCAGAAUCAUCAGAAUCCAUAGCAUUUUUGCCCAAUUCUUCUAAUUCCAACAGCAUAGGUAUAAUUGUGGAUUAAAGGGGGUAUGUAAUGACUUUAGCGCGGUGUGUAAUUAGAUGGUCCCAUUAUUAUCACUUUGCUGCUCUGUUCAACUUACUUACUACUACCUUAAUUACAUAUUAUGUUGACCUUAU